UGUUGUCACCGUUGGGUAUCUCAAAACGAUUUCAACGAACCACGCCAACGGAUCUCUGUGCUACGAGUUCUGUUUCUUAAUUUUUUUUCUGGUGAUUAAACGUCUUCAAAAACAAGCUUCCUAAACCAUGGGCAUUGGCUAUGGCGCCGCCGAGGAGCAGCUGGAGAAGCAGAUUGGCUGCGUCAAGUACACGCUCUUCUGCUUCAACAUCGUUGCCUGGAUGAUAGCCACCGCCCUGUUCGCCCUCUCCGUCUGGCUGCGUGCCGAGCCCGGCUUCAACGACUGGCUACGCAUCCUGGAGGCGCAAUCCUUUUACAUUGGCGUCUAUGUACUCAUUGGCAUCAGCAUCAUCAUGAUGGCGGUGAGCUUCUUGGGCUGCCUGAGUGCCCUAAUGGAGAACACCUUGGCCCUGUUCGUUUUUGUGGGCACACAAAUCUUUGGCUUUAUAGCCACGGUGGCGGGAUCAGCGGUCCUCAUGCAGUUCAGCACCAUGAACUCCAGCCUGCAGCCACUGUUGAAUGUGUCGCUGCGCGGGUUUGUGGCCACCUCGGAGUACACGUACUCCAACUAUGUGCUGACCAUGAUCCAGGAGAAUAUCGGUUGCUGUGGAGCCAGCGGACCAUGGGAUUAUCUUGAUCUGCGCCAGCCAUUGCCCAGCUCUUGUCGCGACACUGUCAGUGGGAAUGCCUUCUUCAAUGGCUGUGUAGAUGAGCUGACCUGGUUUUUUGAGGGCAAAACCGGUUGGAUUGUGGCCCUGGCCAUGACCCUGGGCCUGCUGAAUGUCAUUUGUGCCGUGAUGAGCUUUGUCCUGGUGCAGGCGGUCAAGAAGGAGGAGGAGCAGGCCAGUAACUAUCGUCGCUAGAGUGGCGACGAGUGCCCAAUUAGCCUAAGUUAGUGGAUAUACAGCAACGACAACAACAGACCCUACGAUAGAUGUAAGAGUUCCCACCCAAUUCGAACAAUAAGUACAAUAAAGAUUGCGAUCCCCGCCCAAAA